AUUUACUGUUUUUACUUUUGUUGCAGGGUUGAUUGAAGAUAAUGAGGAGAAAGAAGAAUUGCGUGAAGUUGAGGAGAAAAAUCAUGUCAAAAGUGGAGAAAAACCCAAACAGAAAGAUUUAAAUAAAAAAAGAGCCAAGAAAUAUUUCACCUGCACUCAGUGUGGAAAGAGUUUCACAUACAAACAUACCCUUGAUGUUCACAUGAGAGUUCAUACUGGAGAGAAACCAUUCACUUGUGAUCAGUGCGGGAAGAGUUUCAAGCAAUCAUCACACCUUUAUGCUCACCUGGCAGUUCAUACGAAGGAGAAGCCGCAUUCAUGUUCUGAAUGUGGAAAGAGUUUUUCACUGCUGCGGAGUUUACAGAAACAUGAGAAAAUGCAUGCUGAUGUGAGAGAGUACAUGUGCUUUGAGUGUGAAAAGACUUUUACUUCAGCUGCACGUUUGAAACUACAUGAGAGGAUCCACACUGGAGAAAAACCUUACACGUGUUCACACUGUGACGAGAGAUUCAGUCAGGUAUCACAUCUGAAAAUACAUGAGAGGAUCCACACUGGAGAGAAACCGUACAAGUGUUCACACUGUGACAAGAGUUUUACUUCAGCUGAAAAUUUAAAACAGCACCAGAGGAUUCACACUGGAGAAAAACCUUAUAAGUGUUCACACUGUGACAAGAGAUUCAGUGUGUCAUCAAAUCUGAAAACACAUGAGAGAACCCACACUGGAGAGAAACCAUACAAGUGUUCACACUGCAACAAGAGAUUCAUUCAGUCAGCAAAUCUGAAAACGCACGAGAGGAUCCACACUGGAGAGAAACCUUAUAAGUGUUCACACUGUGACAAGAGAUUCAAUCAGUCAGGAAUCCUGAAAGCACAUGAGAGGAUCCACAUUGGAGAGAAACCUUAUCACUGCACUGCAUGUGGCAAGAGUUUUAGUCAAUCAUCUUCUCUACACAAUCAUACAAAAAGCAUUCACAGUAAGUAGAUCCAGGACUUUCAGGUCUGUUGCUGCGUCCUCACCAAAUGUGACACAAUAAUGCAUCAACCCAUAAAAACAUCAUCUGGAUAAAUCACAGAAACAUUAUCUAAAGUUUUGAUAGUGAAUAAAGUUCAUCUUCAAAACCAGCAGAUUCAACUGAGAGAUUCAGAUCAACUCAAAGAUGGAGUUCCUCUCCAAAGAACAAUGUCAAAAAGUUUUAUUCUUGAAUAUAAUUUUGCUUUGUGAUAUAAAUGGAAUCACAGUGCUUUCUUAUGACUUUCAAAUUAUGUUCAAUUGUCUUAUAAUUCAUAAGUAUCACUUGUAGUUUGCUUACUUUUUCAUGAAGGAAAGUAUAAGCUUUUUACAAACUGUUCUUGUUCAGGAAGCUGAAGAAGAGACUGUAACACUUUUAAGAGAGACUGA